AAAAUCCCCUUCUACUCCAACUUACAAUAUACCAAAGUACAGCAAGAUUUUCUCGGCUGGAAAAAGUUUGUUUUGACAGGGAAUGAAGUAGUCAAUUGCGACGGGGUAGUGUUUCGUGUUUGGAUAUUUUUUCACAGAGAAAUAAUAAAGUGUGCAUUUUAAGUUCAACGAUAGAUAGUGUAUAAGAUCUCGCAACUUAAGCUACCAGCUUGUAAACGUUUCUAAAACUUUAACAUAUUCUCUUGUGUGCAAAAAAUGGCCUCCAUAGGAUAAAGCAGCUCGUGAAGGACUGACAAAGUGUUUCGUUGUCCCGGAAGUGUUCAAAAUUUAUUCUACAAUGGCCGCCAAACCUCCGCAAGAUACCUCCGGGUUGGGCUACUCGUACGUUACACCCGGUGGAAUGUUUCUGCGAGUAAAAAAUACGCUUUCACAGUUCAGUGAUCUGUUCAGUGAAUUUAACAAGUAUAUUGCCCCAGCCUAUCAUCACGACCGCUGCGAACGUUCCGUCCAUAUGCGACUGUAUUCGAUGAACAAGCGGGAGUUUGUGGUUGUGUUUCUGGCGUUUUUCGCCUGCUUCGGGUUGGGAAUUUUCAUCGGAUUGGCAGGUCCACCUAUCACAAGCACCACAAUGGUAACAGGGAGCUCCCUGAUGCCAAACACGACCGGUUCCGGUAGCGGUGCGGAUUAUUUGGCCAAUGGACCGUUUGUGAUGCGAACUCCACUAAUGACGACGUACUCGCAACAACUAUGGUUAAUUGCGAACAUUGAGACGGAUAAUAACGACGAUGAAAUUUUCGACAAAAGCUUUCACGUUAGUGUUGGCAUCGAUGGCUUAACCGUAGACCAUAAACCGACAACCGUUCUAAGAGCAGAGCAUGGAAAAAACCGAACGCGACAUCUCAGCUGUUCACGGAAUACCUGCAAUGAGUUCAUCGUGUUGCAUUUAGGGUUUCUGGAUUACGCGCACUACAUCAUUACGGUGCGAUUCUAUGGCUUAGAGAGCUUCCAUCAUCGCUACAACAUCAACAGUGUGCAAUUCUAUUUUAAAACUUACAAUCCGGCCUUUACACAGAUUGAGAUUUGGUUUCGAUUUAUCUUUCUAUUGUUUACUUUUAUCGUGACCUGUUGGUUUGCACAUACCUUGCGCAAAUAUCCCAUCUACGAUUGGUCAAUCGAGCAACGCUGGAUGUCAAUCCUGUUGCCAUUACUGCUGCUCUAUAAUAACCCCAUCUUUCCGUUGAUUUUUCUGAUGAACAGUUGGCUCCCAGGAAUGAUUGACGCCAUCCUGCAGGCGACGUUUCUCUGCGGGCUGCUUCUGUUUUGGCUAUGCAUCUAUCACGGGCUGCGACAGAACGAGAGGAAAAUAUUGACCUUCUAUGUGCCGAAGCUAAUCGUCAUACUACCACUGUGGUUGUGCGCUAUCGUACUCGCGACCUGGGAGAAGUGCAACGAGAUGAAAGAUCCUACAUACAGUCACUUCGUGGACACUGAAAACUAUAGCGGAUUCAAAACAUUCUUCUACAUCUCCGGAGCCAUGUACCUGCUUUAUUUGCUGUUGUUGAUUUUGCGAGCGUACAGUGAAUUACGAUCCAUGCCUUAUUUCGAUAUGCGAUUGAAAUUCCUUACCUUGCUGAUGUUGUUUGUGCUGCUGAUUACGUUGGCCGUCACUAUGUGUCGUUUCGGUUUCGGCAUCCUGGAGGAUAACUUUGUCGCACAGCUGAACACUACAUACAAGAGCUCCGCCCAGUUUAUGGGUUUCUAUGGGUUACUGAAUUUCUAUCUGUACACGAUGGCAUACGUGUACUCGCCGAAUGGUAAACCUUUGCAUGAAGCUACCAUUACAAAGGAUAACCCAGCGUUUUCGAUGAUUAAUGAUUCGGACGAGGAAGUGGUGUACGGGUCGGACGAAGAAAGUCGACGACCGUUAAAUUCUUCAUGUGGCAAAGGGAAUGAUUACGAUAGUGACUAGAGGUGAAACUGGAUGCUUCCAAACAGCAGGGUGUAUUUUUUUUAUAAUCGAAGGGAUUUGUGUAGAAUCUGAUUGAAGCUGGGAGAAUCCAAACAGGCAUAUCUUUUCCGUCACCGGAGUUUGAAGUUCUAGGUGUGCUUUUUCCACGAAAAGUUAAAUGCGUGUUUGAAUGUUACUUUCUUUAAAUAAAAGGCCUUUACUGAUCGAUAAAUGUUACAGAUUUCCUA